ACAUCACAACCCACCAGCCCUUCCACACUUUAUUCCUUCAAAGUCCAGCUUCAAGUUACAUUGGAAUACUUUAACCAGCGGCUAAUGGCAUAUCACCAAUAGGGGAUACCCUCUCAGUUUUCACAAACCUCACUUUAGAUCGGAACUUGGAUGGACCUCAGUGAACCCAACUGGUCCAUGGUUAAGCGACUAUCAUCUCGCAGCCCAGGGUCGUCGCGGGCUGAACAAAAUUACUUUAGCAGUGACAGAAGAGACAGACCUGCUUCUGCAUCAGAAGAGCUGAGGUCACCAUCAGCUACCAAUCUUGACACAGUAGAAAACCAGCCAACAGAGGGCAGGUCACUACACUCCUACAUUAAUUCUGGACAUCGCAUCAGCUCACCGAGUUCGGAGGACAUAACACUCUUCACGGAUUUAGACCAGGGCAACAAGCUUAUUAUUUCCAGUGGGAAAUUCAAAGGGAGCUUAGUGGUUGACACCAGUGAAAUGUACCAAACCUUAGCCAUGGCUGCGGCCCAGGGGCCAGCAGGAUACGACACGUCAGCCAGUAGCUUUAUGCACUCCACAACAACUUCUCCAGUUUACGUACCGACAACCAGGGUUGGACCCAUGAUCUCUGGCAUCCCGUACCUGCAAGGGAGCGCGGCUUCACAGCCAAGCCACGCGGUCAGCAACCACUCUGUGUGGUCCCAACCUGCCUCGGAGAGCCCAUCCUACAGCACAGGUAGCCCGCACGCCUCUAACCGUUUUCACUACUCUCCAAGUCCGCCAGUGAAUAACGGAGCAUCAAGGGAUGGCAACUACAGCAGCACUCUGAAUGUCAACGGCAGAGACCAGUACAGUCCUCUGGCCAGACCGCUAAAUGGAUCUUACCCAAGCCCAUAUUCACCUUACGUGGGAUCGCAACUUACAACAGCCUGGCCAACAGGACCCUUUGACAACACUAUGCUUCAUACUUUACAAAACAGAGGGGCACCCAUACCUAUUCGAGCACCAAAUGGAGAUAUACUGGAUGAUUUAGGUGAGAGCAGAGAAUGUGUUAACUGUGGCUCCAUCUCUACGCCCCUGUGGAGACGAGAUGGCACGGGGCACUAUCUCUGUAACGCAUGUGGUCUGUACAGCAAGAUGAACGGGCUCAGCAGACCACUUAUUAAACCACAAAAACGAAUGUCUUCGUCGAGGCGGAUCGGCCUGUCCUGUGCGAACUGUCACACCAGUACCACCACACUGUGGCGCAGGAAUGCAGAAGGGGAACCAGUGUGUAAUGCUUGUGGACUCUACACCAAAUUGCACGGGGUACCUAGGCCGCUUGCAAUGAAGAAAGAAGGAAUCCAGACGAGGAAAAGAAAACCCAAGAACCUUAAUAAAUCCAAGGCCCCCUCUGGCAGCAGCAAUCCUGUUCCCAUGACUCCAACUUCCUCGUCUUCAUCGAACUCUGAGGACUGCACGAAGACUGGCUCUCCAUCUGCGCAAGUGCCAGUGUCUGGGAUCAAUUCCUCAGCAAUGUCGGGCCAAGGAGAUAGCACCAACGCUGGAAGCACUGCACUGAACUAUUCAGGUCAAGAGGGCCUCUAUGCGGGAGUCAAUCUGACCUCCAAUGCUGAAGUCGCCGCCUCGGUCCGAGGAGAGACGUGGUGUGCUCUGGCACUGGCCUGAUCCUCCCUGUAAAUAAAGAUUGAUGCUAGCUUUAGAUGUUUCAUCGCUGAUGCAACAACGGUAUCAUCAAAGCAGCUACACUGCUGAACAAGGAGACAGGACGUUACGUGGGAGUGUUUUUUUUUCUCCCGUGGGCUUGAAGAGGUGCUGGACUAAAAGAACUCCGCCUUCUUCCCUGGUAUUUUUUCUCUGCAAGAAUUUAAAAACAGAAAUGACUCAACAGGGUUAAGGUUAUAUGGACAGAGGAGAAGUUUCAACUUUAAAGUUAACAGAAUCACGCUUGUCGAUUUUCCAGUGACUAUAAGGGAAAAAAAAAACUGUUUCUAAAGCCCAGUCACGCUGCCUUUUAAAAAUGUUAUUAUUAUUAUUUGAUCUGCAAUGGGUACUUUCAGAAUGAGCUCCAGAGUCUCUAUUGAAACCACUGCAGCCAUUCUAUUUAACUACACACAUUGCUGAACACUGUUUUGACCGGAUGAGGUUAACUGGAUUCAUUGGCUUUUCUUUCAUUACAAUCAAAUACACUAUGGUACAAUAAAUUGAGUGCCUUUGCUGACAGCUGGAAAAAAAAAAAAAACACUAAAUGCAGUUAUUAUCUGAAUGAAAACUGAAAUAUUUCUUUACCUUUCAAUUGGGAAUUAUGAUUUUCCUUUUUUUUUUUUUUUAGCUUCAAUAAUACAAAUACACACGCAUACAAUGUGCCAGUAAUGUAAAACGUAAUAGUUUGGUAUGUGCUACGUUUUAAUUUAUGCAUACCUAAUGAUUAUUGUUCUUUGGAGUACAUUUCAUUUAUAAUGAAGCUGCACAGCAUUGUCUUUACUUUUUGUUUCUGGAGGUUCCUAUUGUAGUCUGAUUGAGUUGUCAUGGUUUUAAACAGGGUAGCAAACAGAUAAGUACUUGACUUCCAUAUGUUCAAGUGCAAUUUGUGUUGCAGCAAUCAGUGUUAAAUCAGAUGUUUCAGAUUUAACCAUUUAUUUUGCAAUGAAUGUAAACAAAUAUUUUAUCUUAAUGGUACUUAUCUAAUUUAAAAUCAUUUGCCAGGCAUCAUUAGCAGUUGAUAUUUUCAACGGUUUAAAAGAUGUCCCAAUCUUAGUUUAAAAAAUAAAUAAAUAAAAAAAGAAAUAAUCCAAUAAUCUCUUUUUAGAACAAAUUUCACUCAGGAAAAUUUUACUGAUGGAUUUUUUUUUGUAAAAGAGCAUUGCAGCAAUAUUUUCUGGAAAGGAAUAGUGCUGACCUUUGACUACCUAAGUGAUACAUAUGUAAAUACUCCAAGACUUAUUUGUCUUUCAAGUUUUAUUAAACAAUUUGUAAAGUAGAUGUAUGUAUAGGUUGGUUGACAUAACUUUUUUUUUUAGAUGAGAUGCCUUUGCCAUUUUGUUAUUUGUUCAAUAAAACUAAUUAAAAAAAAAAGUUAUGUAAUUUCUUAAAAGAACAGGUCUUCUGUUCACAGUUGGUCUUUUGUUUCAUAGAAAUUCUGGUACAUUGAGUGAGACAAAGUAUUUUGGGAUAAUGUCAUUUCAUGAAAUAAACGCAUAAUUAUGUGUAUGUGUUCAGAGAACCAAUGUGAGUGUCUUAAUGAUUCUUCUUUUGAGUAGUAUUUUCCUGCAGUGAAAAAGUAAAUUGAAUUGGGGCCAUAUGACAAUUUGUACUAAAACCUUAGUUCCCCUUUUCACUGGAUGCUUUGUUGUAUAUCAAUCAAGGAAGUAAAAGAUACACUUGUUUAAAAAUAAGCACAAUAAAGCAGGAGUAGUAAUUGCUCUUCCAAUUACUCUUGCAUAAACUAUAAUGGAAGGUGAUAAUAUUCUGAUUCACUGCACUGCACUGAAUUGUACCUGUUACUACAUAGUUUCCCUCAUCAUUGUCCAUUAGACAUGUCCUACAGCACAACACAUGCAGUAUCGUACAGCAGUAAUUUGAGUCACCAUCUCAAAUUCUGACAAAACAGGGUGUGUUUAAUGAGUCAGUGUAGAAAACAAAGCAUACCAAAUAUCAUUCUGUGUCAGCCAUCAUUUUUAACAUAAACUAUAAGUCACAACACUUUGGCGAAUCAAAUAUUUAAGCAAAGACUCUUCAAUACCUGCUUAUUUUGACACUGCAUUGAGCAAUAAAAUGGAUGACUAAUUUCUUUCCAUUUUGUGUUUUUAUUAGUACAGCAGGUUCAAAGCAAGGGAAAAUAUUCAGAACAUC